CCGGCUUCUGUCCCCCAACCUGAGCGAGAGCAAAGCCUGGAGGCGGAAGGGGUGGGGGGUGGGGGGUGCCUGGUCCCAGGCCCGUCCUAGGCUGUCCCAUCAAUUCUCUUCUCCCUCUGGGCUGGACUGGCCUCUCCCCAGUUCAUUCACAGUUAUCCCCCAGUCCGCGUUUUCUAGAUGAGACCACGGUGGGGGGGGGGGGGGCUGGGAGUGGGAAAGUAACUUGCCCAACCUCUUGGUUUCUAUGAGCGAGUCCUCCCGACUUUCAUUCACUGCUUGGGCGGGGCCUUCCCUCCCCCUUGAGCGGGUCUCUGGGUGAGGAUUCCCCUGAUUCCUGGCUUCCAUAAGCCCCUCCCCUGUAGUUUCUGCUUCUCAUGCUGUCUUGCUUCUGUCCUUUCAGGCCCCUCCUGUUCCCCUCCCCAAAGUUCUCUCUGGUCAGUCGCUCAGUUCUGCCGAGACCUGGAGGAGGAAGUUGGGCCCAAGAGGGAGUCAUUCCCCUCAGGGGCCCUGGGGCCCUGGGGGCGGCAUUUUGAUAACUCUGAAGUAGGACACUUUGAUUCCCAUGGCAAACCCUGUUCCUGUGCAAAGGAGCCACCUCCAGGUCCCCAUCCUCAGGCUGCGCUACAUGGUGAAGCAGUUGGAAAAUGGGGAAGUGAACAUCGAGGAACUGAAGAAAAACCUGGAGUACACAGCUUCUCUCCUGGAGGCCGUCUAUAUAGACGAGACACGGCAAAUCUUGGACACGGAGGACGAGCUGCAGGAGCUGCGGUCGGAUGCUGUGCCUUCGGAGGUGCGGGACUGGCUGGCCUCCACCUUCACGCAGCAGGCCCGGGCCAAAGGCCGCCGCGCGGAGGAGAAGCCCAAGUUCCGCAGCAUCGUGCACGCCGUGCAGGCCGGCAUCUUUGUGGAACGGAUGUUCCGGAGAACGUAUACCUCUGUGGGCCCCACCUAUUCCACUGUGGUCCUCAACUGUCUCAAGAACCUGGACCUCUGGUGCUUUGACGUCUUCUCCUUGAACCGGGCAGCAGAUGACCACGCCCUGAGGACCAUUGUUUUUGAGUUACUGACUCGGCAUAACCUCAUCAGCCGCUUUAAGAUUCCCACUGUGUUUUUGAUGACUUUCUUGGAUGCAUUGGAGACAGGCUAUGGGAAGUACAAGAACCCUUACCACAACCAGAUCCACGCAGCAGAUGUUACCCAGACAGUCCAUUGCUUCUUGCUCCGCACAGGGAUGGUGCACUGCCUGUCCGAGAUCGAGGUCUUAGCCAUCGUCUUUGCUGCAGCCAUCCAUGACUAUGAGCACACAGGCACGACCAACAGCUUCCACAUCCAGACCAAGUCAGAAUGUGCCAUCUUGUACAAUGAUCGCUCCGUGCUGGAGAAUCACCACAUCAGCUCUGUCUUCCGAAUGAUGCAGGAUGAUGAGAUGAACAUUUUCAUCAACCUCACCAAGGAUGAGUUUGUAGAGCUACGGGCCCUGGUCAUCGAGAUGGUGUUGGCCACAGACAUGUCCUGCCAUUUCCAGCAAGUGAAGUGCAUGAAGACGGCCUUGCAGCAGCUGGAGAGGAUUGACAAGUCCAAGGCCCUGUCUCUCCUGCUCCACGCUGCUGACAUCAGCCACCCAACCAAGCAGUGGUCAGUCCACAGCCGCUGGACCAAGGCCCUCAUGGAGGAAUUCUUCCGCCAGGGUGACAAGGAGGCGGAGCUGGGCCUGCCCUUCUCUCCACUGUGCGAUCGCACGUCCACUCUGGUGGCGCAGUCCCAGAUUGGCUUCAUUGACUUCAUCGUGGAGCCCACCUUCUCUGUGUUGACCGAUGUGGCUGAGAAGAGCGUCCAACCCCUGGUGGAUGACGACUCCAAGUCUAAAAACCAGCCCAGCUUCCAGUGGCGCCAGCCUUCUCUGGAUGUGGAAGUGGGAGACCCCAACCCUGAUGUGGUCAGCUUCCGCUCUACCUGGACCAAAUACAUUCAGGAGAACAAGCAGAAAUGGAAGGAACGGGCAGCAAGUGGUAUCACCAACCAGAUGUCCAUUGACGAACUGUCCCCCUGUGAGGAAGACACCCUGCCCUCCCCUGCUGAAGAUGAACACAACCAGAACGGGAAUCUGGACUAGUCUGGGACUGGGCCGGGUCCUCAGUGAGUCCAAAGUGUUCGAUGUCAUCAGCACCAUCCAUCGGGACCGGCUCCCCCAUCUGCUCCAAGGGAGCACGGAGGUUGAGGAACAGACAACCCACCCGAAGGCCAAAUGCCAGAGAUUGUGGGGUUGGGGGAAGGGCCCCUCCCCACCCGACACCCAUUGGGGCACACUUCAAUUUCCCAGCAGCAAGACUGGGGAACUUUAGGGUCCCAAUGGUCACUGUGCCCAUCCCCCUGCCUCUGGACCUGCCCCACCCCCUCCGUGGCCAGAUGGCAGGCUGGGGGAGGGGAGCUUCUUGGAGGCUUCCCAGGGCCCAGAGGGGAGGGUCAGAGAUGCCAGCCCCCAGGCCCUCCCCCAUCCUUUUUGCCUCCAAGUUUCUAAGCAAUACAUUUUGGGGGGUUCCCUCAGCCCCCCCCAGAUCUUA